UUUGAGAGGUUAAGUUUUAUUUCCAAACAAAACUAGUUCGUUUUGAUAUUUAAAAUACCCCAAAAACUAAUAAAUAUUUACGACUGAGCAUUGUAAAAGUGUAAAAAUAUUUUGGUAUGAUACACAAACUUUAAAAAGUGUUCGCAACAAGAAAGCAGUCUUAAAAUGAAUGCAACAAUUGCAAACAUUUUAGAAAGCGUUGAAUUAGCCCUGUCGAAUUUGGACGGCGAAUCGGAGACUGAUGAGGACAACACAGGAUCAGGAGAUGUAGAAGCGUCAUACGUCUCCAAGUUAUCAGUGCCCCUUAGAGGCCUUAUGGGAGAGGCCAACUUAAGAUUUGCCAGAGGAGAAGUAGAAUUAUCCAAGAAAAUGUGUUUUGAAAUCAUAAGACAAUGUCCAGAUGCUUAUGAACCUUACUUGACUUUGGCUCAAAUGUAUGAAAACUCUAAUACAAAAAAAUAUAAAGGAUUUUUAAUGCUUGCCUCAUAUUUGCAACCGAGUAACUAUGAUAUUUGGUGUCGCUUGGCAGAGUGUGAAAUACAAGAAAAUCAAAUAGAAGAAGCACUUAGUUGCUAUUCGAGAGCAAUACAACACAAACCCUCUUAUAUACCAUUGCAUUUAAAAAGGCUGAAGUUAGUAAAAGAAAAAUGUGAAAAGAGAAUUUAUAAAAUACCACAACAUUUAAUGCAGUUGGCAAGACAUUUGUCUAAAAGGAGAUAUGAACUGAUUUUGAAAAUUUGCACCCAAGUUGCCAAUCACUUCUACAAGGAAAAGAACUAUAUUAGAGCUAUUGAAGCAUUAAAAAUAUGUAUUACAAAAAUACCAGACAAAACUAACCAAGAUGUCUUAAACAUGAUGCUUGAGCUAUUGUUGUUUAAUGAAAGAUAUUCGGAAUGCCUGGAUAUUUUUACUCAGUUUUGUGGAUUCCAGUUUGAUGUCACUGUUGGGGAAGAUAUGUCAAUUAAUAUCAACUCCUUCUCCCUUCCUGACAAUUUGCAUAUGGAUUUAAAAGCAAAAUUUAUUGUCUGUAUGAUAGGACUUCAAUCCUACCAUCUCAUAGAUAGAAUUCUUAAGGACCUCAUAGAAAGUCUGGAUGUUGAAACAUUUGGAACACUCUUUCUAGAUAUAACAGAAGCUCUUAUUACUUCACAUUACUACAAGGAAGCCCUGGAUGUUAUUAUUCCUCUGGUGAAAAGUAAAAAUUUUUCAUUAGCAGGGAUUUGGUUAAAAUAUGCAGAAUGUUUGGUAAAAUUAAAUUUAAAUGAACAAGCAGUAGAUGCAUAUAGAACUGUAAUAAAUAUGGCUCCAAACCACAUUGAUGUUCUUUAUCCUUUAGCAAUGCUUUUGUUAAAGCUAGAAAGAAAACAAGAUGCCUUGGAUGUGCUGUCACAAGAUUUGAGUUCAGGUAAACUUCAUGUGGCUGUUUUAAUGGAACAAAUGAAGCUGCUUAAGCAAAUUGGUGAUUUAGAUAACUAUUGGAAAUGUUGUGAGCUACUAUUGUCAAGGCACUGUAUGCAGAUAAAAAACUAUUCUGAAAUGAGGGUUGCUAUGUCACACCAGUCAGUUGGAGAGAAGAGACAUAGAAUUAUGAAAUUGAGGACCAUCAUAGGUGAUACAGAGGAUGUUUUUCUGGAUAUAGACUGUAUUUUUGAACCUAGUGUUGAAGAUGAAUAUAAAUUGUAUAGAGAGAUCUUGGAGUUUGCCAUACAGAAGAGAGCAUAUCACCAAUUUCAAAAACUAUCUUUCAUGGGUCUACUUUCAAAGAGGUUUAAGGAUCAUUUUAAUGAAAUUCUACUAUGUGCUUGUUAUUCUUGUGUAUUUAGUGGAGAUUACCAUCAUGGGUACCAAAUUGCCAAAGAUAUUUGUAUUCGAUACAGAAAUAAUAAUAAUGCAAUAAAUUUAAUAUCAUUACUAUCAAGUCGAUUAGCAGAGGCACCAAAAUUAAACCGCUUUUUAGACUCAUUUACAUUAAAAAAUAAAAUUCCUCUAGAAAAGAAGGACUUACUUAAAGCCAAUAGUCUAUGUACUUUUUCUAAUCUGCAACAAUGUCUAAAUUACUUUCUGAAAGAGUACAGGUUAAAACCAGAACCCUACUAUGCUUUUCUUAUAGCCUUAAUUAUGCUACAGCAGUAUUGUAAAAAGAAAAAGCCAGAAUUAAAAAAUAAGGUCACUUUAGAAGUGAUAACAUACUUGUUUUACAACUAUGGAAAACUCCGUACAAAAAGUGCCCAGCAGGAAAUAUUUUAUAAUUUAGGAAGAAUGUACCACCAAAUUGGUAUGCUCUAUUUAGCAGAACAUUAUUAUAAGUUAGUUUUAAAGGAUGAUAAUGAGCUGGCAGAACAUUCUGAGUGUUUCAGUUUAAAAAGAGAAGCUGCUUUUAAUUUGCAUUUAAUUUAUAAGGCAUCAGGUAAUUUAAUAGCUGCUAGGAAAAUUUUAUAUGAGCAUAUAGUGAUAGACUGAAAAUAAUUAUUAAGAACUGACUUGAAUGUGAAUACAAUCUAUUUACAUCAAGAUCUAUUCUUCUCUGUUGGACAUUCUUCAGUUUUUAGUAUACUUCUAGUAGGCUGGUUUAGAAAAAGGGUGAAAGAUUGCAUUGCGACCUUUAACAUCUAUUGUGCCCUCUGUUAAUACUGAAUUAAUGAUAAAGAGUUUUAAAUCGAUCUGUUAUAUCUAGUUGUUUGUAUGUAUUAAAUAAAUCAAAUACAAAUAAUUGAUUAUUUUGAUUUGUUGAUCCCUAUCCAUACAAUUUAAUUACAAUUUCUCAAAACCAAUGGCACAAAUAUUUAGACACUGGUUUAAACAACUGGCCAGCCAAAAAAGGUGCAAAAGUACAUCUGUGAAAACAAAAUUCAAUGACUGCCCCCAUUUAAUUCUAGCAAGUGUAUCGAGGUUUCAAUUCUGAGAAGCGAAUUUUAAUGCACCUCAAUUCCACUUUUUUUUUAUGCCUCAAUAAAAAAUCACUCGAAAUAAUAAAAGUCAUUCUCUCCUUGAGCAAACUACCCUAUGGUGAUCCAAUUUUGCCGGGAAUUACGUACUGAAAAAUACCAUCACCAUACCUAUGUUAAAUCCCUGAAAGAAUCGCCCUUUAAAGUUGAGUAGUUUGAUGGCUAUUAAAAAAACCUGAAAAUCUAAAAAAAAUCUAUAUAUUUGUGGAGUUAUAAAAAGCAAAACGAAAAUUAAAAAACUCUGUUACAGCGUUUUCUUCCCUAAGACCUCCAUGAGAAAGAAAGGUAUGGGUAGAUAAUUUUUAUGUAUGUACUCUACGGACAAGUAGCCUCUUAUGUCACGCACGGAUUAUGUGAUAAUGCGGAGUGAGAAACUGCUGUAUGUAAUAAAAGAAUUAAAGAGUUUUGAAGGGUGUUUCUAUUGGGCAUUC